UUCAUGCGAAGUGCAACGACAGCUCCGAAGGUAUCGUACUAUGACUACAUAAUAAUCGGUGGGGGCACAGCUGGGUGCCCCUUGGCGGCGACGCUGUCCCAAAGUUACAGGGUGCUCCUCCUUGAACGCGGUGGCUCCCCUUAUGGCAACCCUAACAUCACCAACUUGGCUUCCUUCGGUGUCCCUCUCUCCGAUACUUCCCCUGCUUCUCCCGCACAACGCUUCAUCUCCCAAGACGGCGUUAUCAACUCCAGAGCCCGAGUUCUCGGCGGCGGAACCUGUCUGAAUGCCGGCUUCUAUACUCGUGCUAGCCCUCUCUAUGUUAGGGAUGCUGGUUGGGACGGAAGGGCGGUGAACGAGUCGUAUGAAUGGGUGGAGCGUUUGGUGGCGUUUGAGCCGGUGAUGCGACAGUGGCAGUCGGCGGUUCGGGAUGGAUUGCGGGAGAUCGGAGUGCUUCCUUACAAUGGCUUCACUUACGAUCACAUGGAAGGCACCAAAGUUGGUGGUACCAUUUUUGACCAACGAGGUCACAGGCACACUGCCGCUGAUCUCCUUCAAUAUGCUAAUUCCACCAGUAUCACUGUGCUUUUGCAUGCCACCGUCCACCGCAUCUCGUUCAGAGUUCAAGGAGGAUCAAGACCAGUGGCCCGAGGGGUGUUGUUUAGGGAUGCGUCGGGGGGGUUGCAUGGGGCCUACCUGAGAGACGGGCCGAGGAAUGAGAUCAUUGUGUCCGCUGGUGCCCUAGGAAGCCCACAACUUCUGAUGUUGAGUGGUAUAGGCCCAAAAGCCCACCUCAGGACCCACAACAUCAGCGUAGUAUUGGACCAACCCUUGGUGGGCCAAGGCAUGUCAGAUAACCCCAUGAACGCCAUAUUUGUCCCGUCGCCUAUCCCCGUGGAGGUCUCCCUUAUUCAGGUGGUCGGCAUCACCCACUCCGGCAGCUACAUCGAAGCCGCCAGCGGCGAAAACUUCGGCCGCGGAGACCCCAGAAACUAUGGCAUGUUUUCACCCAAAAUUGGUCAAUUCUCGAAAGUGCCGCCGAAGGAAAGGACCCCAGAGGCCCUAGCAAAGGCAGCACGGCUGAUGGACAGUCUUGAGGAGGCAGAGUUAAGAGGCGGGUUCAUUCUGGAGAAAAUAAUGGGCCCAAUUUCAACAGGGUAUUUGGAGCUCCGAACCCGCAAUGUAAACGAUAACCCGUUGGUGACGUUCAACUACUUUCAGGAGCCACGAGACUUGGAGAGAUGUGUGGAAGGCGUGAGAAUGAUCGAGAGAGUGAUAGAAUCGAAGGCAUUGUCGCCGUUCACAUACCAUAAUAUGCCCCAAGAGUUGCUGGCUAACCUGAGCUCAAGAUGGCCGGCGAAUUUAUUGCCGAAGCACGUGAACUCGGCGACGCCAUUGGAGGAGUUUUGCCGGAACACAGUGAUGACGAUAUGGCAUUAUCAUGGAGGGUGCCAAGUAGGGAGGGUUGUCGAUCGCGAUUAUAAGGUUAUCGGGGUUGACUCUUUGCGUGUUAUUGAUGGUUCCACGUUUAAUUAUUCGCCGGGAACUAAUCCUCAAGCCACCGUUAUGAUGCUUGGGAGGUAUAUGGGGCUCAAAAUGUUGACGCAGAGACUAGCUGCUGAGUGAUUAGUGACGAUGUUGAUUUUGAUUCUGUUAUUUCAGGACGACCAGGUUUUAUCAGUGAGAAUUAUGGACAUCGAUUACUUUACAAAUAAAUGUAAAAAAGGCUUUUACUGUAACAAU